AUGGUGGUUCAAUUCGAACAAAAAAAAUUAGAAAAUGAAGUCGUUGAUAUGCUUUUAAGUGAUCAACACAUUAUACUUGCUGUUAAUUAUUUACCGUUGCCACAACCAGCAAAUAAGAAAGAAUCAACGAAUUCCGUCGUAGCAAGAAUUGUUAUUAAGUUUGAAAUGAAAACAAUGCAAUCAAUUCGUCUUCGUACAUAA